CAUAGUCUGGACUAGGCCUAGAAAUAGCCCUGUACGUAGCUUUAGCGUACCUAUGGAUAAUGAAUAAGAUGUUUGCAGCAUGACAAAACACGCUCAGGAAUAUCUUGCAUCAUUCUGACUUUUAACAACUACUUCUAAAUCGAUCUCAAGUUUAGUAAGAAUCAAUUAAGGACAGACUGUUUCUUUAAGUUUCAACCGUCUGUUGAAUGGAGUGUCGUUUUUCAGCAAUAAACUCCUCCUCUCCCCUGCAUUCUCAACAAACUGGUGGAGGUUUCUCCCUCUCUGAACGGGCAACAGAGUCUGGCUCUAGCCUGUGCAUUCCCCGGCGGUUAACACACGGAGAGACAUAUCUUAUCAACAAACCAUGAUGCAGAUAUUUGGAAAAGUUGUAUUAAUCAGCUGUUUCGUGUGAACUCAAGUCUACAGUUCGUCCAUUAACAUUUAGUCCAGACGGAAACGAAUGUUGUUGAUGCACGCGAUUGCAGGAGGCUAAAACUCCUGCCCAUAUUUUUGUGGAAGAUAGAACUUUGGUCUGUGGGUGCGCAGGCUAUUCCAUGCGCGUUCGCUCGCUCCGAAGUUAGGAUCCAUUUGUGAUCAGACAUCCGGAGGAGGCCCAGUGGCUCUACGCUCAUGUGGAUAACAGAGAACCUCAUUUGUAGCCUUCUCAAAGUUCUUAUGGACCGUCAUAAGUUGGGUUUCCUUGUUUCCCAGGAAAAGUGCAGUGGCUCCACACUUGGACAGGAGAAUAAGUAACAACGUGAGAGACGUGCUGAGGAUACUUUUACAAAAGUUCUUGCAUUAGAGUGGGGAGACAUCUGAGCCUUGCAUUUAAACUUCAGCAGAAGGAUUUUGAACCGCUUCUGUGGUCAACUGCAUGAAAAGAGGCAUGGAAAACUCGGAGAUUGCUACAUUUGUUGCCGAGGAGUUCUAAGACCGUGGGAACUUGUACUGCCUGUUUUGGUCGUGCACUGCCCACACGAGUGAAUCGGAGAGGACUGCAACACUGCUCGAAGAAAGUUGAUGCAUAGUGUCAACCCCAACUUUUUAUUCGAUUUUCUUUUGUGUGAAAGGAACACAGCUAAACUGCAAAAAUGCCACAGCUCAACGGCGGAGGUGGGGAUGAUUUGGGGGCCAACGAUGAGAUGAUAUCCUUCAAAGAUGAAGGAGAGCAGGAGGAAAAGAUAUCCGAAAAUGUGUCAGCCGAAAGAGAUUUGGAUGAUGUUAAAUCCUCUUUGGUAAACGAGUCGGAAAAUAAUAGCAGUUCUUCAGAUUCGGAGCAGGCAGAAAGACGCCCCCAACCAAGAACAGACCUAGAGAGUUACGAGAGAGCCAGGGAAUACUUUAGUGAAGCUUUAAGAAGACAAGAUGGAGGCUUAUUUAAGAGUCCCCCCUAUCCUGGUUACCCUUUUCUCAUGAUCCCCGAUCUAACCAACCCAUACCUCUCCAACGGCGCCCUGUCUCCCAGCGCAAGAACGUAUCUACCAAUGAAAUGGCCCCUCCUGGACGUCCCGGCAACAGCGGCCCUCAAGGACUCCCGAUCACCCACCCCAGGACACCUGUCUAAUAAGGUUCCAGUGGUCCAGCAUGGUCACCACGUGCACCCCUUGACCCCCCUCAUCACCUACAGCCAAGACCACUUCCCCCCCGGCACCUCGCCUGCACACCUCUCCCCCGAGAUACUCGAUCCAAAGACAGGGAUCCCGCGCACCCCCCACCCCUCUGAGCUGUCCCCCUACUACCCCCUCUCUCCAGGGGCAGUGGGCCAGAUCGCACACCCCCUCGGGUGGCUCGUCUCACAACAAGGCCAACCAAUGUACUCCAUCCCACCCGGAGGAUUCCGUCACCCUUACCCAGCUCUCGCCAUGAACGCAUCAAUGUCCAGCCUGGUGUCGAGUCGUUUCUCCCCCCACAUGAUGGCCCAUCACCCCCACAGCCUGCAUCAGACGGGCAUCCCCCACCCGGCUAUAGUCUCCCCCGCCAUCAAACAGGAGCCCAACGGGGAACUCAGCCCUGCAUCACACUCGAAGUCUCCAGGUCCAGCUAAGAAGGAGGAGGACAAGAGGCCUCACAUCAAGAAGCCCCUGAACGCCUUCAUGCUCUACAUGAAGGAGAUGAGAGCCAAGGUGGUGGCCGAGUGCACCCUCAAGGAGAGCGCCGCCAUCAACCAGAUACUGGGCAGGAGGUGGCACUCCCUAUCGCGGGAGGAGCAGGCCAAGUACUACGAGCUGGCGAGGAAGGAGAGACAACUACACUCGCAGCUCUACCCUGGCUGGUCAGCCCGAGAUAACUAUGGCAAACGGAAAAAGAGGAAGAGAGAUAAUAAGCCGGAGCCCAAGCCAGAGGACUUCUCAGCGCGCAGCAAGAAGCCGUGUGUAGUGCAGUAUCUGCCCCAGGAGAAGACGGUGGACAGCCCGGCCUCGUCCCACGGCAGCAUGCUGGACUCCCCGGCCACCCCCUCGGCCGCCCUGGCCUCCCCCGCGGCCCCCGCCGCCACCCACUCCGAGCAGGCCCAGCCCCUGUCCCUCACCACCAAGCCCGAGGGCCGUGGAGCCCAUCACCACCCCCACCACCACCCUCAUCACCACCCUCACUUCUCACUGCCAGGCAAGCUACCAUCUUCCUCCUCCUCAGCAUCCUCAUCCUCAUCAGGAGCAUCUUCCUCCUCCUCCUCUUCCUCCUCGGUGGCCUCCAUCGCUGCGUCUCACGCCGCGCUCUCCCUCGCCAUUGGCUCCCCUGGCAGCCACCACCAGUCCUCUCCUCCUCCGCUGCUGUCUCGGCCAAUCCCUUUCGCCUCCCUGCACCCGUCGCUGCUGUCGCCGUCCUCCCCCUUCCACCAGGCGGCGCUGCACUCCCAUCAUGCCCUGUUCCAGACACAGCCGCUCUCCCUGGUCACCAAGACCACUGAAUAAAAUCACAAAACUCAACCAAUCGGCCGCUUUCACCAGGCACCCACUCUGUCUCCUCACCAAGAUGAUGGAAUAAUCUGACCCCGCCGCUCUCCCUGGUCACCAAGACGGUCAAAUAAAUAACAAACUCAAUCCACCCAACGCACUCCCUUGUCACCAAGACAACCAAAUAAAAAUAACAAACUCAACCAACCAGAUGCUCUCAUCUGGUCACCAAGACGUUUCAUUUUGAGAGUUUCAGAGUUUCACCCUGUUGUUCUCCCUGGUCACCAAGAUGAUGAAUUAAUUUAUAAACUUGAGCAGCCAGCCACUCUCUAGCCUAUCACCAAAACCACAGAAUAGAUGAACUCUGCUUGUCUGCUCUAUCUGGUUACCGAGAAAACUCAAUAUGCCGCUUAAGUCACAAAGGCAAUGAAUAAACUCAACUUGCCGCUGUAUCUGGUCUUCUCCUGAUAUUCACCCCCUCCCCUCUAUCCGCUUCUUUCACUUUGUUUUUCUCCUUUGCUUUUGUCCCCCAACUCAGUCCUUCUCUCCUUCCUUUUUCUAUUUUUGUUUCUCUGUUGCUAUCUCUAUCCCUGCUCAUCUAGUUUUUAAAUAAUGCUGUACAUUGCUUUUUGCCUUUUUUGAAUAGCCAUUAGGUCAAAACUUUUUUCAAACUUUAAUGAAAAGGAAAAUAAAUAUUAUCGGUCAAUAUUUGAUCAUCUCCUUUUCUGCCUCUCUUUACAAAAACAAAAUGUAUUUUUUGUAAAGUUUACCGCAGAACUGGCUUCUUAUUUGAUGCAUUUAUCCAAUGAAUUACUUGUAUAAAAGAAUAAUGUGUAUCAAAAAAGGUUCUUUAAAAAAAAAAAAAGGAACAAAAAAGGCCUCUUUCCUUUUAGCUGGUUGAUAUUAGUUUUGAGUUAAAUUCCUAGUUCUGGCAAGUUAUCACAGCCUUUGCAACAAACCUCCAUUUUGAAGUGUGUGAUCUUGGUAAAUAAACAUUGUACAUUGUUUCUUAA